AUGUUGUUGACCGCAAAGUACAGCUAUGGCAAUGCUUCCAUUCGCUAUUUAUCACUCUGGAUAAAAAAUUUAAAUGACGCCGCUCGCUCGACUUCGCGUUUUCAUACAUUAACGAAAAAUCAUGAUUCCGUAGCUUCUUCAAAAUUAAUGAAAACUUCAACAACUAAUAAUACGACACAUCAGACUAUUGCACAUCCAUCGGCAUUAUUAUCAUCUGAGAAUAGUUUCCUAUCCAAUCCGUUGAUAUCAACAUUCUAUCGUACAACAUCAACUAAUGCAAAAUGGAAUGAAACAUCAUUACCAGAGUCAAUACGAACACUAGAUGAAUAUAAAGCAAUAUAUGCUUUAUCAAUUGAAGAUCCAAAUCGUUUCUGGAAAAUGGCAGCUGAACGUUUGGAUUGGUAUCGUUUUCCAACAAAAAUAAAAAAUACAGAAUUUGAUUAUCGUACACCACGUGGUGUUGAUAUUAAAUGGUAUCAAGAUGGUGUACUAAAUGUUUGCUAUAACUGUCUUGAUCGACAUAUUCACCAUAAUCAUAGUUUUGCCCAACAAGUAGCACUUAUAUUUGAACCUGAUGAACCAACUGAAUCUCGCCACCAAAUAACAUAUGGUGAACUUUUACGUGAGGUUAAAAAAUUUGCAAACGUACUUAAAAAACAUGGAGUUAAGAAAGGAGAUCGUGUUACUAUUUAUUUGCCUAUGGUAGCUGAAGCAUGUGUUGCAUUACUUGCUUGUGCACGCAUCGGUGCAAUACAUUCGGUUGUAUUCGGAGGUUUCAGCGCCAAUAAUAUCGCUGACCGUAUAUCGGAUUGUGAAUCAUCAGUUGUUAUUACAACGGAUUUUGGCGUUCGUGGUGGAAAACCAUCAACAUUAAAAAGUAAAAUUGAUCAAGCCUUACAACUGAAACAAUGCAGUACUGUUAAAACAGUGCUUGUUUUUCAAAGAAAUCAUGGCAUGCCUGAAGUGAAAGAUGAUUGUGCUAGCUUACGUGAUACACUCGAAUGGAAAGAAGGAAGAGACUUUUGGGUGCAUAAAGAAAUGGAAACAGUCAAUGACAAAUGUCAACCUGAACCAAUGAAUGCUGAAGAUCCAUUGUUUAUUCUCUAUACCAGUGGCUCAACGGGUAAACCAAAAGGAGUCGUUCACACGACAGGUGGCUAUUUAACAUAUACAAGUUUAACUUUUAAAUAUGCAUUUGAUUAUAAUCCCGGUGAUGUGUUUAUGUGUACUGCUGAUAUUGGUUGGAUUACAGGACAUUCAUAUGUCGUCUAUGGGCCAUUAGCAAAUCGUGCUACAAGUGUUAUCUACGAAGGUGUACCAACAUAUCCUGACGUAUCACGUCUUUGGAAUGUUAUUGAUAAACAUGAAGUAAAUAUUUUUUAUACGGCUCCAACAGCUAUUCGAUCGUUAAUGCAACACGACGACGAAUAUGUUACUAAAACAAGUCGUCAAUCAUUAAGAAUUUUAGGUUCAGUUGGUGAACCAAUUAAUCCUGAAGCAUGGCAGUGGUUUCAUGAUGUGGUUGGUGAUCAUCGAUGUCCAGUUAUUGAUACAUGGUGGCAAACUGAAACAGGUGGUUUUAUGAUUACACCUAUGGCAAAUGCUUGGCAGUUAGAGCCAGGUUCAGCUACACUUCCAUUCUUUGGUAUUGAGACACAAUUAUUUGAUAAAAAAACGAAAAAACCAUUAGAUCCACCAACUAAAGGUGAAUUGUGUAUUGCUGACUCAUGGCCAGGUCAAGCACGUACUCUUUAUCGCAAUCAUGAACGUUUUGUUGAAACUUACUUUAAAAGUUAUCCUGGCUUUUAUUUCACCGGUGAUGGAUGUGAAAUAAAAGGAAAUGGUUAUCAUUGGAUAACUGGUCGAGUUGAUGAUGUGCUGGUUAUUUCUGGACAUAAUAUCGGUACAGCUGAAGUUGAAGCUGCACUUGAACAUCAUGUAGGCGUAAUCGAAGCUGCCGUUGUUGGUUAUCCUGAUCCGAAGAAAAAUCAAGGAAUGUAUUGUUUUGUUACAUUGAAAGAUCAUUAUGAACCUAGUGAGGAACUACGAAAGGAUUUAAUUAAAAGUGUACGCGAAAUAAUUGGUGCACAUGUUUCUCCUGACUACGUUCAUUUCACGCCAGGUUUACCAAAGACACGCAGUGGCAAAAUUAUGCGACGUAUUCUACGUAAAAUUGUUCAACCAGAUAUUAGUAAUCUUGGUGAUAUUUCAACAUUAAGUGAUCCAAGUAUUGUCGAAGAAUUAAUUAAAGCGUCUCCACGAACAAAACAAUCUUAA